AUGGGCCGAGAGCGAACCGAGAACGAUACUAUUAUCGUUCUCGGUCCGCUCUCGUCAGACGGGUGCGUGGUGGCGUUGGUGCAGGGCGGGCGCGGCGCGGGGCGUGAGAGCCGCGCGGUGCUGCUGGGCGGCCGCGUGCUGGCGCCGCGCCUACUGUUGCGGGUCGUACCCUGUCACCCAGAGGAUAGCGGAGACUGCAAAGGUUGCAGCUUGGACCCAGGAGCUGGAAAUAGAAUUAAAGGCACAGCAAUACUGCGCCCGAGCGCCGCACUUGUGCUUGGAAGACGGACCUGUUACAGACUCGUCAUAAUCAACAUCACACCAAUCUCAACUAGAGUCAACUGGGAACCUCCCAUGGGAGGCGAUAGUGAUAUACUCAAAGUGACAUUCACACCGAACUCCUUCGAAAUUGGGAGUUACGGACAAGUGGAGAUAAACGUGGUGCUGGACGCGCUGAAAGUGUGCGAACGAAGAAUUUUCGUGCUCCGAGCGACAGUGGCGCAUGCUUAUAAACCACUGUACCUGGUGAUCGACGCCGCUGUGGCCUAUUUUAAUUUGAGAGAAAUAAAAUCGGAUUUUAUGUAUCGAGUAAGUUCAGCCCAGAAUGUACCAUGCCUGCACCAUGGCAAGAUCUGGGCGGGGGCGGGGGACGGCGUGUGCAGCCGACAGGGGCGAGACGUACUCGUUGACAAAAAGGAAUUAGAAAACCAGUUAGAAUAUAGAGAAUUAAUAGAAGAACAGUACUAUAGUAAUAUCGCCGCUGCAAAAUGUUUGAUAGAGGUGGACAAAAAUACUAAUUCCAAUUGUUCACAGUCCAUAAUUUCAAAACCUGUAGCUGUAAAGCUACCUGAAAUCAAGUUAAUGUGCUUCGACGGAUCGUACGAUUUGUGGCGAACCGUCACAUCAUGUCACGGUAAUCCUAUUCAGUGUAACUUGUCGCAAGCGAUAGAUACACAGUUAAAACGAUUUUGGGAAUUAGAAGAAGUAACUAUCACAAAUAAGUUACUUACGGAAGACGAACAUACAUGCGAACAUUUAUUUGAUACGACUACUAAACGUAACGCUGAUGGUAGAUUUUUAGUGCGAAUUCCCUUACAACAGUCAGCUGAUCAUCUCGGUGACUCAUAUGCACUCGCUGAAUCCCGUUUCUUAUCGCUAGAACGUAAGUUGGAACGAUUACCGUUCUAUAAAAAAUUAUAUUAUGAUUUUAUACAUGAAUAUGUUGAAUUAGGGCAUAUGACGAAGGUAGAUGAAUAUAAUAAACCGUAUUACUUCCUUCCACACCAUGGUGUUUUACGUGAGCACAGUACGACAACAAAAUUGCGUGUUGUUUUUGAUGCUAGUGCUGUGACCACGUCGAACAAAUCGCUUAACGAUAUUCAGUAUGUCGGUCCGCCUCUUCAAAACGAUAUCUUUUCAAUACUAUUGCGAUUUAGACAGUACAAAUUUGUAGCUUCCGCCGAUGUUGAAAAGAUGUUUCGGCAAAUCUUAAUACAAAUGGAUCAAAGAAAUUUACAACUAAUUGUGUGGAGAGAGAAUCCUUCAGAUCCCCUGUCCAUUUACCGGUUAAAUACGGUUACAUAUGGAACUGCGUCAGCGCCGUACUUAAGCAUGCGUUGUCUGAAACAAUUGGCUAUUGAGUGCGGUGAUGAUAUGAUUGCUAAGAUAAUAAACGAAGAUUUCUAUGUCGAUGACCUAAUUACCGGUCACGAUGAUAAGCAGAUUUUACUGGAGAUAUGCAAUAAAGUAUCGCAAGUGUUAUCAUCAGGUUGUUUUACACUAAGAAAAUGGACAUUUAGUCACGAUGUAAAAACGAGUAGUUCUAAAGAGUUAUGUACGGGCGAUCAUUGUCAGAAUAAAACUCUCGGUAUAGGUUGGUACAACACUAGCGACGAAUUACAUUUCACUACCGCAAUCACUGAGUCACACGUAGUCACAAAGCGAACUAUUUUAUCUAUUUUAUCGCAGAUCUAUGAUCCACUUGGUCUUUUGACACCGGUCAUUAUUAUUGCAAAAAUAUUAUUACAACACCUAUGGUUGUGUAAAAUUCAUUGGGAUGACACGGUUCCAGAAAAUAUAAAAUUAAAUUGGGAAAAAUUCAUUAAUUCAUUAAAAUCUUUACACGAAUUAAGAAUUCCGCGUUAUAUAAUGAGUGAUAAUAACGAAAUAAAGGAAUUACAUAUAUUCACGGAUGCAUCUCAGAAUGCAUACGGUGCAUGCGCAUAUAUUCGUACUUAUAAUAAGAACAUAGAUUCCCCAGUAACAAUUAAAUUAUUAUGCGCCAAAAGUAAAGUAUCACCUAUUAAACCUGUCACCAUCCCGAGACUGGAGCUAUGCGGCGCAUUGUUAGGUGCCAGAUUAUACAAAAAAAUCGUAUCCUCACUUAGACUUAAAUUCGAUAAGGUCUAUUUUUGGACAGAUUCGACUAUAGUUAUGGGAUGGGUUCGUAUGUCACCACAUUUGUUGAAAACGUUCGUACAACAUCGUGUAACUGAAAUAAAUGAGUUAACGGGUGAUGCAAUUUGGUUGCAUGUUAAUGGCAAAAAUAAUCCGGCCGAUCUCGCGUCUAGGGGUGCCUAUCUCGAUAUACUUGUUGACUGUACAUUGUGGUGGGACGGUCCUACAUUUUUACACGGUCGGCAAUUUAAUUGUAAAGUUGACCAUAGUACUUAUACUUCUAUAGAGCUACCAGAAGUAAAAAAUGAAAUUGUAUGUGCUGCUUCAAACAUAAAAGAUAGUUUUAUCAACUUUUCACGAUUCUCUUCGUUCGAACGUUUAAAACGUACUGGUGCUUAUGUGUUGCGAUUCAUAACCAACAUACGGUCGCCCAAGCACCUGCGUACAACUGGUUCGUUGUCGGUGGAUGAGUUAAGCGCAUCAAUAACAAUGCUAGCUCGACUUGAGCAAAUACAAUCAUUUCCGGAUGAAUACGACAGCUUACUAAAACAAUUACCAUUAAAUCAAACCAAAUCGAAUAAAGUGUCCGGUCUCAACAUAUUUCUAGAUCAAAGUGGCCUAAUUAGAGUUGGUGGCAGAUUGCGUAACUCACGUCACUUCGAUUAUAAUAAAAAAUACCCAAUAUUAAUCUCGGAUCCUAAUGAUUUCCUUCCCCUUACUCCUUCACAUUUUCUUAUCGGGCGGCCUCUGACCGCGCUUCCUUGCAAAGACCUGACGUCUACUGCAACUCAUCGCCUGAUGCGAUAUGACCGUAUAGAGCAAAUGAGGCAACAUUUCUGGCAACGCUGGUCUAAGGAGUACGUAUCGGAGCUUCAAACCAGAACGAAGUGGAAGGUACAGCAACCAGAUAUCGGCCAAGACACAUUAGUUCUCAUCAAAGAAGAUAACCUACCACCACUAAAAUGGCGGAUGGGUCGAAUUCUGCGCACUUUUCCAGGCAAGGAUGGAGUAUCCCGAGUGGCAGAGAUUCGCACUGCAACUGGUAUCAUACAACGUGCCACUUCUAAAAUAUGUCCGCUUCCACCUCAGCCAUCAGAUGCAGAAUGA